GGAGGGGCAGAGGCGCGUACUUCCUUGAGGUAGACGGGCGGUGGAGGCGUGCGCACGCGUUGUCUUCGGUCUCUCACCGGUAGUGAUCUUGUCGCAUGUCCUCGUAGCAUCACGUUUGCAGAGUUUAGCUUGGAUCUCUGUCAACUAUCCAUUGCCCGACUCUCUGGGCACUUUACGUACCUAUUUUGUGGAAGAGCAGAGGGCAUGUCUACGGUGAACUGGAAGCCUUUUGUUUUCGGGGGACUGGCCUCUGUAACAGCGGAAUGUGGUACAUUUCCCAUCGACCUGGCCAAGACGCGGCUUCAAGUACAAGGCCAAGUCGGGGACAGUAAAUAUAAAGAAAUCCGGUACAGAGGGAUGCUCCACGCCAUAGCCCGGAUAGGGAGAGAGGAGGGGCUUAGGGCUCUAUAUUCAGGAAUUUCCCCUGCCAUGCUUCGCCAGGCUUCCUAUGGCACCAUCAAAAUUGGCACAUACCAGAGUUUCAAAAGACUACUAGUGGAGAGGCCUGAGGAUGAAACAUUGCUGACAAAUGUAUUGUGUGGGAUCCUGUCAGGAGUUAUAUCCUCAUCUAUUGCCAACCCCACUGAUGUGCUCAAGAUACGCAUGCAGGCUCAAGGAAGAGUGAUCCAGGGCAGUAUGAUGGGCAACUUUAUUAACAUCUACCAAGAAGAGGGAACAAGAGGACUAUGGAGGGGUGUCUCUCUGACAGCGCAACGGGCAGCCAUUGUGGUGGGGGUCGAGCUGCCGGUUUAUGACAUCACCAAGAAACAUCUGAUCUUAUCUGGUUACAUGGGAGACACUGUCUACACCCACUUUGUGUCAAGUUUUACAUGUGGUCUGGCUGGAGCACUCGCCUCUAACCCAGUGGACGUGGUACGAACGCGAAUGAUGAACCAAAAAGGAGGAGCUCUGUAUAAGGGCACUGUGGACUGUCUACUGCAGACGUGGCGCUCUGAGGGUUUUAUGGCUCUCUAUAAGGGGUUCUUUCCCAACUGGCUACGACUGGGACCAUGGAACAUCAUUUUUUUCCUCACUUAUGAACAGCUCAAGAAGAUCGAUGUGUGAACUGAAAAACAAGGCAAAGGGAAAGAACAAAACUUUUGGACGAGCAGAAAGGACCAAGGAACAACUGAAUCCUGGGUUUGUGAAGCCCACUCUGCAAUGGACUUUGACUCCUGCUUGAGUUGCACAUAUUUUUAAGCCUGUGGCGAGUGUGAAAAUGCCAGUUGCACACCAAAUGCAUGCAGCACAGUACAGUGUGCUAGCUCAUCCAAAGGCUACUUUACACCAGUCACUGAAAUUUGACCUAACCUUUAUAUUUCAGCCUAAAGCGGUGUUAACAUACCCAUAAAAGUGCAUUUGUUUGUUUUAAGUGCCUUAGUGAGUGUUCAAGGCCACUAGGUCAAAGUUGUCAAGGACUAUGAAUGUUAUAUGGCAGCUGACAAUCGCUGUUAUCAUUCCCUUUGAGAAAAGUUGAAGGAGUUUAAUAAUAGUGGUGGAGUUUCAGUAUUUUUUAAAUAUUUUUUUACAAUAACUGAAGUUGGACAAUUAUUUAUAAUGACACAGGUAUAUAGUCAAAGACUACUGAGGUACUGUAAUAGAACAAGGCUGAAGACUGUGUGGUGCGGCUGGUUGUCCCUUAUUCCACAGAGCAGCGUGUGCAGAAAUGAAACCCAAGGCAGCUGGGGCGGGUGCAGCCCCCUAGGUCCCCCUGAUAUCUAUUACUCUUAAUACUGUCGGGACAACCUAAUACAAACUGGUGUGUUAUGCAACAGGCUUAUUACGUCUAUACUACUGUGAAGGUAAUGCCACUGGGCUAAAUAUGUUACUACAAGUGUUUCAGACAUUUUAUCUCCUGAAGCCACAUAAUAAUCAGUGGUUCACUCCAAGCAUAUAUUGCAUAUGUAUUUGCACAUGCUUUUGUGAGCUUUCACUAACUACAGUUAACAUGUGUCAGGCUUUAAGCAAACCAUAAAUGCUGCCAAAGUGUUGUGUGAAACUUGUGAAUGCUGCUGUAUGCUUUUAAAAUUAAAGAGAAACACCUAA